UGCGUGUCAUGGUGCAGUCGAGGAGAGGAGAAUGUUACCAUCCACAAGGGAUAUAUUAUUUUCUGGCACGUACUCACCUAGUUGUGGUUGCAGGGGUCGAUUCACAGCUCCUGGCCCCGCCUCUUCUUUGGCCACUACUGCAUCACUCUUCCCGCUCCAUGAGCAGUAAUACUGAGGAAAGAAAUGGAGAAUCCUUGGUAGGUACCCCUCAACACUUGCACCAGAAUCCUGCCUCAACUAUAGUGUUGGCGCAGCAACAGCCGAGUGAAGAUAACUGUAGCAGUUGGUCUGUCCGGUAAACUCUGUAUGACUUCAAGAUGAUGUGGGAACCUACAGGAUGUUGCUGCUUCUCACGGAAGACAGGAAGUCUCAUCCUUGGCUGUUUGGAUCUGUGACUGAAAUGACUGCAAUCUACAUGACGCUUGUUGUUCUUCUACUUCAGGUGAUAUUCAGCAGUAUGUUGAUCCAUGGUGUCAGGAUGGAUAUACCAUGCUUGAUGGCUCCCCAAAUGGUGAUGAAACUCCUGGGUAUUAUGUUCUCCAGCCUUGCUUUAAUAGUUCUCGUUGUAGUUUUUGUGAUUUAUAGUAUGUGGAGGACGCUGUUGUUCUGUCUCCCUUCUGGUUUAUACAUAUUCUUAGAGACAUACUUCCUGCAAGUUCUUCGUGUCCACUAUAUAGACAUCAAGAGAUCAGCUGAAGACUUUCAGAAACUACUGGAAGAAACUCCCGGCAGUGGUGAAGUUGGCAUUCCCUUCCAACCAAAGACCAUCUACCAGCAGAACUAUCUACCAGAAGUAAAAAUCUAACUGGCAUCAUUACAUCAACAAUGAAUUAAUUUAGAAUUUCACUGAACUUAAUUUGGAAACAUUACUUAGGUGUUGGACAUUGAUUAUUACCAAAAGAUAGCCUAAAAUAUUAGUAAAGGCAACUGGACAGAGGGCAUUAAUGUAGUUUCAAACUUCACUAAUUUAUAAAAACAACUCUGAUAUAUCAAAACUUGUCUAGAAUGGAUUACUGAAUCAUUUGUUGGCUGAUUGGUCAUUAUGGUAUAUUGAGUAUUUUGUAAAUGCCAUUUCUUUUUUUUCACAAUUGUUUGUUCUCUUUGGGACCAAACUUUUAUUAUGGCAAAGGAGUUAUAGACUGUCAAUAUUUAGUGUUAUACUAACUAGUGUAAACAACAGUUGCGGUUUCUAACUCACGUUAGAAGCCGCAUCCGGAGGUACGUACCGGAAGACAUAAUGGAAGGACAACUUGCGAUUUGCAAGUCGUCCUUUCAGUACAUGAAAGUAAUUAUUUCGUUUUGCAAUCAACACAACUAUUGCUGGUUUAGAGCCCAUACCUGAUACUUCCUGAUGUCCUCACUAUAAUCGAAAGUGAUCCUUUCUUCACCUGAUGGUGGUUCCUUGACGUACAUGGUGGGGGACUACAAACUUUUUUUGGUUGUGCCAGCUAGGUAGACUUCGACUCUUUUAGGGUGGCCGUGAUAUAUGUAGGCCAUACUUAGCACAGCCCUGUGCAUUUGCUAUGCACUAUGACCUGUAUAGUACUUAGUUUCCAUUUGUCUGUGAAGCUGCGGCCCCACUGGUGGGCAAACCCUGACUGCCACUCACUCCUCUGUUGCUCACUUGUACAUAUCCCUCUGUUAGCUCUGGGGUUGUUUUAGUUACUUUGUGGGUUGGGGAAUGGGAAACUGAAGAUAAUUAUUAUCUCAAAGCACAAACAACUUUUACCAAAGCGUUUCCUCUUGCUUGGUAUGUACUGCUUGAACGACAGUCUACCUUUGAACAGAAUCAAAGACUCGUCAAUAACAAGCUUCGUGAAGGGAUAAAAAUGCAUAUUGAAUUUCUGUUUCAGAUGCACAAACACAUUCCUAAUCUUAUAUAAACUGUCGUUUCUGUCAGGCCUGGUUUUGUCUGAGAAGUGUAGCAUACCCAAUAGUAGCACAAAUCGAUUCACUCGUAUUAUAUCACUGAAACCUGGGUUGCGAUCAGGCGGUCUGUUGACCAGUAUGAUUUGACACUGUGCUUAUACACAUGUAGCAUAAACAUUAUUGUUGCAAAGAAAAGAUACGUCUCUGCCACAUCUGUCUCUUUCCACUGGUGUAGGCGUGAUUUUGGUGUCCGUAACGUUGGCACUUGAAACAGCGAACUGAUUCUGCCGUGAAGGUCCUGACAUCAUACCUGCCCUAAGAACCAAGGUCCAGCUGGGAUGGCAACGGUCCUACAUGCUGGAUGAGGACCUGCCAGGUUGGUGCGUUGCCUGCCGUCUUUGCCUUCAGACGCUGAGGUGACACCACACUGGGGUGAGCUGCUACUGCCUCGAUGGGCAUCAUCAGCGGGUACCGCAUCACUACACCCUUGGUAAUUUGCCGAGAAUCCAGUUCCUCCAGG